AUGGCUCUGGUGGCCUGGCUGAUGUUCCGCCCUCAUGGCUCUGACCCCGCCGCUGCUCUCGACCCGGACUACAUCCGCUUGGAGGAGGCCCGUAUGGCUGCCGUCCUCGACGAUCCGCAGGCCGACUCGCUUGCCCUCCCCAACCUGCCCACCACCCCUGUCGAUCCGGUUGCGGCAGAUGCCGCCGCCGCCGCCGCUCUCGAUGCCGGCCUGGUCCUUGCUGCUCGAUCCGGGCGCCCGCCGCUCAAGGCUCUACUCUUCCUCCACGGCCUCGGUGACUCGGGCCGGGCGUGGACUGCCCGUGCUGCUCGCUGGCAGGAGAGCCUACCUGAUCUGGCGGUGGUCCUUCCGAGCGCGCCAGCGAUGGCGGUGACGGCUGCCUCAGGCAUGUCGCUCCCCGCGUGGUACGACGUACUCUCGAUGCGGGUCGACGGGCCGCAGGCGGCCGAUUCGAUCCGUGCCGGCGCCGAGAUGGUACGGGCCAUGGUGGCCAAGGUGGCAGAGGAUCUGGGCCUUCCCCAAAGUGCGAUAUUGGUUGCAGGCUUCUCCAUGGGCGCAGCGCUGGCCCUUUUUGCUGCGCUGGAGACCCGGUUGCUCGGCGCACCGCAUCGCGGCGGCCAUCUGGUAGCCGUCGGCGUCCUCUCAGGCUACCUCCCGCUGCACACCCUCGUGGCGAGCGCCAAGGCGCGGCGGCGCGGACAGCCCGAGUGGCAGCGAGCACUGCCACCGCUGGCGGUGUUCAUGGCACACGGCGCCCGUGACGCGGUGGUGCCGCUGCAGGCGGCGGCGGCGUCAGCGCGGGCGCUGGAGCGCGAGCCGUGGAUCGAGCUCGAGUUCUUUACAGUUCGCGGCUGCGGGCACGAGACGUGCACGGCCGAGGAGUUAGAGUUUGUGCGAUGGCUCGGAGCACGGUGAGCCGUGCCUGUAUUUCUGGCUCACGUCCGCGGCUCGACGAUACGCGACCGUUUGUGGGCCUCUUCCUCGUCGUCAAAGCCGGACAUGCCUGCGGCGAGGACGGAGCGGAGGAACGAGAAACCGUCAACGGCCUCGUCACCUUCGG